AUGUUGGGCACUACCAACUCUGUAGUUCUGAUCAUAUUAACGGUUUCCUCCUCACUUCUUUUCCCAAUUUCUGAGCAAUAUUCCAACUGUAGCCCCAUCAAUCCCAUGAACAUUACAAACUGCAAGAAACUAGUCACUCUAGGAGCAGAAUUCGGGUGGAACAUUCACAGCAACACCGAAAUCAACAUCUUGUUCACCAUUAGACCGCCUGCAAAAUGGAUAGCAUGGGGUGUGAACCCAGGUCCCCAAAGGCCAGAGAUGGUCGGGACCAGGGCUGUUAUAGGCAUUUCACAGCCUAAUGGAACGUUGGCAGUCAGAAAAUACAACAUCACCAGUGACACCAAGCUAGGUUGUAGGCUUAAGCCUUCACAAAAUUUUGAUGAUGUUAUUGUCAAGAACAUGAAAGGUGAAGUGAAGCCUAGGAGGUACAAGUCGAUAUUCGCAACGCUAAUUUUGCCACCGGAUCCAGCUGCGUACAAUAUUUUGAAGUUGAACCAUGUAUGGCAAGUAGGGUUUGAGGCUGAUGAUGCUCUUAUGGAGCCUAAGAUGCAUUCCACUUCUCUCCAGAAUGUGGAUAGCACGGAGACUAUAAACAUGACCACAGGACGCGGUCUUAGCAUUGGACAUCGCCAGCAUCACCUCAGAACGGUACGUAAUUAA